AAAAAAGGGACAGGCCUCUUCUAGAAAAAAAAAGGACAGGCCAAGCGGAGAAUCGAGGGUUUCGGCUUCCUUGUCAUCUCGCCGUCUCCGACGCCGGCGACCCGGGAGCGAGACCUCCAACCCCCGCCCUCUCGCCGGCGGCGUAUUUCCCCGUUCCGUAGACCAGGUAUGAAGAGGGCCGCGCCGUCGGAGGAGCCGGUGGAGCUCUCUUCGGGCGACGACCUGAGCUCGGAUUCCGACGAUGAGGCCGGGAACGGGAAAGGCGAGAACUCCUUCCGGCUGCCCAUGUCCUCCAAAUCUACAGCUCCAGCAAAAGCAUCUAUGUUGAAGAAGAAACCUGGUGGUGUGGAUUUCAGUGCUUUGAGCCGGCACGGGUAUCGUGGCGGACCAUCUAUACUGACAGUUGCUCCUCCAAAGGUUGAACCUAACUGGACUUGGUCCACUGGGAAAGAUCGCAACGAGAAGGAAGUUCUAACCGAGUCUUUUGAAGAGCGGGAACGCACAAGGGCUGCAGUAACUGAAGGAGAGAAGCUUAUCGGUGUGAUGAACCCCCAACCAAGGCAGACCGAGAAAGAGAAGGAUGCUGCUUCAUUCUCACAGAAGGAGAAGCGGAAGAGAGACCGCGGGCAGGCCAGCAGGGGGAAGAACUACGUUGAGGAGGAGAAGCGGCUCCUGAGGGGGAGUGGUGUCUACUCUGGCUUCGAUACUUGACAGUGUCCAGAACAUAUGUUAUUUGUCCGUGUUAGCUUCGGUCGUCACUGUUGGUGUGUCUGCUGUUUAGUUUUGUCGCGAAGUUCACUCCGGGCUAUGCUUAUUCUGUAUCACCUAUCUGUCUUUGGGCUGGUUUAAACUUUGACACGCCUGCUAUUUUGCCAGAGCAGUGCUCCCUUUUCUGUGUGCUCCCGUAUCCAUCUUCGGCUAUGAUAGAUCCUGCGAACCAGCUUUGCGGCAAUGUAUCAUAGCCAUUCUUACUGGUGAGAAUCUGUGUGUUACGGUGAA